AUGAACCUGCCCCACACGCAGGACCACUUUCUGAGAAUAAACAACAAGAACUGCUGCGUGUUCCGAGACGACUUCAUCCGCAGCGUCCUGCCGCCCGUGCUGGGGCUGGAGUUCGUGUUCGGGGUCCUGGGGAAUGGCAUCGCCCUGUGGAUCUUCUGCUUUCACCUCAAGUCCUGGAAAUCCAGCCGGAUCUUCCUGUUCAACUUGGCCGUGGCUGACUUUCUCCUGAUCAUCUGCCUGCCCUUCCUGAUGGACAACUACGUGAGGAAGUGGGACUGGAAGUUUGGGGACAUCCCCUGCCGGCUGAUGCUCUUCAUGAUGGCCAUGAACCGUCAGGGCAGCAUCAUCUUCCUCACGGUGGUGGCCGUGGACAGGUACUUCCGCGUGGUCCAUCCCCAUCACACGCUGAACAAGAUGUCCAACCGCACGGCGGCUGUCAUCUCCUGCCUCCUGUGGGGGGUGACCAUCGGCCUGACGUGCCAUCUCCUGUACAACCAGAUGCUCAUCAGGAACGACGGCGCCAACCUGUGCAGCAGCUUCAGCAUCUGCCAGACGUUCCGGUGGCACGACGCCAUGUUCCUCCUGGAGUUCUUCCUGCCCCUGGGCAUCAUCGUGUUUUGCUCCGCCAGGAUCAUCUGGAGCCUGCGGCAGCGCCAAAUGGACCGGCACGCCAAGAUCAAGAGGGCCAUCCACUUCAUCCUGGUGGUGGCCGUCGUCUUCAUCCUCUGCUUCCUGCCCAGCGUGGCCGUGCGCAUCCGCAUUUUCUGGCUGCUGUACACGAAGGGCACCGGGGACUGCAGCGUCUACCGCUCCGUGGACCUGGCGUUCUUCAUCACGCUCAGCUUCACCUACAUGAACAGCAUGCUGGACCCGCUGGUCUACUACUUCUCCAGCCCCAUCUUCCCCAGCUUCUUCUCCACCCUCGUCACCCGCUGCCUCCGCAGGGCCACGCCCGACGAGCUGCACACGAACCGGAGCACGAGCAUGGAGCUCACCGGCGACCUGGACGCCACCCGCAGCCCGCCGGGCCCCUUGAUCGCUGGCGCUGGGGAGCCCCGGGGGCCCCCUUGUCUGAGCCCGGCCUCUCACUAG